GCCUUCCUGAAUGUCGUAUAUACUUGUCUCAUCUACCUGGGUCAUACUACGGUUUAUUCUACCAGGGUCAUACUACGGUCUCAUCAGUUCCCUUGGAUCCGCCUCAAAGAUUCAUCUCAGAUCUGUCAAUAAAAAUACUGUACGCCCACCUAAUGAGCUGGCUUCUGUAUGUCCUACGCCUGCUUUCAAAGCUCUUCACGUAAGGACACAUAUUAUGUCCGAUCCACCCGUCUCAUACGCUCAUCUCAUAGAUGUAUACACCGUCUGGAAUGUCUGGUCGUUCUCCUUUUUUUUACACCUGUCUGACCCACCUGUCUGAUGAGCGAGCGUUGUCUGCUUGUCCCUUUUUUCCCGAUUGUCC